AUGUCAACAAUAGCGUCACCCCGAGCCUCGCCACGACCCUCCCUCUCCUUAUCCUCUCGUCGCGGCUCAGCCUCCACCGAUGUAACAGUGACCAGCGCUAGCAGCAAACUCGCACCGCCCGCCGUCGAACGCGGCUCACUCCGCCGCAACCGCACCGCCCUCCGCGACUACUACAACCUCCAAACCAACGCUUCCUCCACCUCGAUCGCCGAAAAUGCCACUCCCACCCUAGACCCUGACCAAGACUCCGAGCUUGACAAGCUCAACUUCUCCCCAGACGAAUAUGUUCAAUCCCUCCUCGCGCGCGAAGGCCUCGAGGGAGUUCUACGCGUUGAGGCGGGGUUAGUCAGUGACAUAAGGAGUCUUGAUGGCGAGAAGAAGGCUUUGGUGUAUGAUAAUUAUAGCAAGUUUAUCAAGGCUACGGAUACGAUUCGGGUUAUGAGGGAGAGGAUGGAUCCUAUGAUGCCGGGGACGGGGACGUUGGGGGCGGCGGUGGGGCACAUUGCGGAGACGGCUGCCGAGUUGCAGAAGGAGCUGAGGGAUGGGAGUGGGGGGAGUGGGGGAGGGAAGAGUGUGAAAAGGAUGUUGGUGAGGUGGGUUCUGAAUGCGCCGGAGAGGUUGGGGAAGAUGAGGGAGAGUGGAAGGGAGAAGGAGGCGAGGCUGGAGUGGGAGAAGGUCGAGGGAUGUUUGGAGAAAUGGAAGGGUGUGAAUGGGGUGGAAGAUGUUAGGAGAGCGUGCGAGGAGGUUAUGGGGCGAGAGGCCGCUGGUUGA